CGUCACUCAAGGUUGAGUUGAAGGUGUCACUUGUCUAUUUGUCUUACGAUUCUGCCGUAUUUACAAAUCGAAUCUAACCAAAUUUAACACGGUUCAAUGAUUUCGAAUUACGUGGUGAAAAACUAAUUAGAGUAAUAAUGGUUAAGAUAAUUUUUCUCCACCCUGAUUUGGGUAUUGGUGGUGCUGAACGGUUAGUUUUAGACGCUGCACUUGCUUUCAAGAAUAAAGGCCACGAUGUAGCCUUUUACACAAACCAUCACGAUCCUACGCACUGCUUCGCUGAGACACGAGAUGGAACGUUUCCUGUAUCGGUGGUCGGCGACUGGAUACCUCGCUCUAUAUUCGGUAGAUUCAAAGCUGCGUGUGCUUAUGUACGCAUGGUGUACGCCGCUGUUUACAUGGCAUGGUACGUGAUACCGACUGAAGAACCAACUCUCAUAUUCUGCGACCUCAUAUCUCUAUGCAUUCCAUUUUUGAAAAUGGCUAGAGGACCAUUCCGCGUGGUGUUUUAUUGUCAUCAUCCCGAUAAACUACUCUCUUCUGAAGGAGGGUUGUUGAAAAAGUUGUACAGGGCACCACUGAACUGGUUGGAAGAACUAACGACUGCACAGGCAGACAAAGUCCUAGUGAAUAGUAAAUAUACUGCAAGGGUUUACCAGGAUGCAUUCCAGAGGAUCAAAGAAAUACCUGAUAUUUGCUAUCCAUCUAUAAAUACUGAAUACUUUAAGAUGACAACACCAAAACCUUUGAAGGAGGUUGUUCCUGUGGGGACUGAUAAGUUUAUAUUCUUGUCAAUAAAUAGAUAUGAGAGGAAGAAGAAUCUUCAAUUAGCAAUAAGAGCUUUUGAGCAUUUGAAGCAUAUUUUGAAUGAGGCUGAUUGGAACAGGGUGCAUUUAAUAAUGGCAGGAGGAUUUGACCCUAUAAAUUUAGAGAAUAUGGAACAUUAUAUUGAGCUGACUGAUUUAGUGGCUGAGUUGGAUAUAGAGGAUAAGGUAACAUUUAUGAAAUCUCCCAAAGAUGAUGAGAAAGUCUCUCUGUUGUACAACUGCAGAGCUUUGGUGUAUACUCCAUCAAAUGAGCAUUUUGGCAUUGUUCCAUUAGAGGCUAUGUACUUCAAGAAGCCAGUGAUUGCUGUGAACAGUGGUGGACCAACGGAGACAAUAGUGAAUGAAGUAACAGGUUUUUUGUGCCAACCAAAUAGUAAAUCUUUUGCACAUGCCAUGAGCAAAUUGGUACUGAACCCAGAGCUCGGUGAGAAGCUUGGUGAGGCUGGAUUGAAGAGAUUUGAGACAAAAUUCUCCUUUGAUGCUUUUACGGAUCAGCUAGACGGUAUUUUGACUAGGGAGAGACAGAUUGUGUCUGAAGCGAGGGCCAUUGAGUAUGAGAACCGCAAACGUAAAUAACAGGAUGCAGGCACACCAACAAUAUGUGAUAUUGUUUGAGUGUGCACACUAAAGCUAAGCCAAAAGCCAAUGAAUGUUCUAAUGUCUGUGGUAAUUAGAAAACUUAAUAAAAAUCUCUCAAAGCUUACAUAACUAAAUUGUGAUGCUAUUAAAUGUUUUGUAAAUAAACUCAUGUACAUAUGUAUGUAUAAUUAUCUAGAAUGAGGGGCUUAGCUUAGGCACUGAUAGCUGAUACUGUAGUUAACAUCAAACAUUUGUAAAUGAUAUUAGAAACAGAAAUAUUAUUUGAUA